GAUCAGUGCUGGAAUGAUUAUCCAAUGGCGUACGCCGCCAUCCUUUCUUACGCUCUGGCGCCGCUGGUGGAGAGGAACGUGGAGAGCAUACACGCUAGAGUCAGCUCUUUGGGGCGCGCAAUGGCGCACGUGCAUGCGCCGACGGUGUGCGCUCGUCUGCGCGAGCCCACUCACAUAGCGUUGCUGCAGUCCUCAGAGGCGUCCCAUUCGUUCUGUUGCAUGAACUACAGGAAGCUCAAGCUGUCCGAUUGCGUCCUGCAGAACAGGUUCACUACAUCCGAGCUUGAUGGGAUGUCAAAUCGGAGAAAGCUCCAUGCUAUCUACACGUGCGAUAUCGACUCGAAGUACCAGACCAUGGGCCCCCAGAGAGACAGCUGGCAGAUUUGGAAGGAUGGUAUAGACUCCAUGAAGGUGAGGUUGCCCAUUGCUCAUGGCAACCCGACACCUGAGAUCAAACACGCGGUCACAUUCAUCAAGGGUUUGUUCGGCCAGCACGGGUGCUACAGUCUCCCCGUGGAACUUUACAAUGCCAUGGCUUCGCCAGACGUGGAGAUCGUAGAGUUUGUCGACCAGGACGGGUCCCACCAUAUUCUGGACAUGGCGCGCGGCGAGGUUGGUGAAUUUGAUAUCCAGUCAUUCUUAUCUGAUUGGUACAACGUCGUCUUCUUCAAGGUGGUCAACGUGCGCCCAGAGGAUGCCUGUGCGCCUCUGAACGGCGACCUUAUCUGA